AUGAAACUGAACAUAUUCGAGAUCGUUCUUACCAACACCGAGGCUGUCUACUUCUCCGGACAGACCGUCCAAGGACACGUCAUAAUUGAGCUGGCAAAGAAUACAGAGGUUAAAGAUUUGCGGAUGUCAUUUCGUGGCAAAGCCUUUGUCCAUUGGACUGAUCAGACGAUGAGAGGACCAGGAGAAGUUCGUUUCAAAGAGAUACGCCAUCACUCGGCCACUGAAGAAUAUUUCGACGUAUCCAAAUCACUGCUGAGCCAAGCAUCAUGUCCCCAAAACCCGACAGAUAAGCGUGUACUAGAGGCAGGACAGUACACGUACCCUUUCAAAUUCAGAAUCCCACCAACAUCUCCCACAUCCUUCGAAGGACAGUUUGGCUUCAUACGCUACUGGACCAAAGUUACAAUUGAACGACCAUGGAAAAAAGACGUGUCUGCCAAGAAGCUCUUCAGCGUGAUCUUUCCACUGGACCUAAAUCAAGAGCCUACUGCUAGUCAACCCACUAACAACCAGAAGGAGAAGCAGCUAUGUUGUUUAUGUUGUACAUCUGGACCAAUCAUCGCUGAGAUUAGACUUCCACAGAAAGGUUAUGUCCCUGGAGAAAGAUUAAACUUUGCAGCCGAUAUUGACAACAGCACCAGAAGAAAAGUGCACAACAUCACAGUGGAGCUUCUAAUGACUACAACUUUUCAUGCUGCCUACAAAUCACGCUCAGUGACUCAGACAGUAUCCAGAAUACAACGUGGCAGUUUAAAAUCUGGCAACAGUGAUUCAUGGGAAGGGGGCAGUUUAUUGGUUCCACCACUGCCUCCCUCAUUUCUGAUUGGCUGUAACAUAAUUGACGUCAGAUACACGUUACAGCUUCGUGUAUUUCCUGGCAGCCCAGCAUUUGACUUGACCGUUCCUAUAGAAAUUAUGAUUGGGUCCGUCCCUUUGCAGUCAACAUUAGAAUACUUUCUGACAGCUCAGAAUAUGGUUCUGUCUCAGUCACAAGAUGGAAUUGCAAUAAGUGGUGGGGCAUCAGAAGUGGCAAGUGAUAUAAGACUUCAGUACUUGCCACCAAAAUUCUUACCCUCACCAAUAUGUAAACACCAGGUGCAUGAUAAUGAAGAUGACCAGUGUUUAAUGUUGGACAACAACUUUGUGCCUAAAUACAUCACUUUAAAUUUUCAACCAGUUACCUCAAGGCAAUAA